CAUCUGUGAGGAGAAGUCUUACAAUUGCCUUUUGGAUUCUCGGCUAAAACAGGUGGUGCAGAUUAUUCUCUAUUGUGAUUAAAACCUUUCAUCUCAAAUCUGGAAUACUGUGAUUUUGGAGGAAAUACAUGUGGUGACACAGACCAUAGUGCUGAUUGGGAAAACAGGAAAUAUCAUCACAUCUCUGAUGGAUAAAGACAGAGACAUUCACAGAAUGACAUCUUAAAUUCUCAGCCUCGGAAAGCUGCCACAUCAAGAGUCACAAUGACAGACCCAAACACUUCCUUCUCAAUCGAUGACUUCGAUGACUUCUACAGUGAGUUCAAUAUCAGUGAGGAGCUGAACUACACCGACUCGUUCAACAUCACAGGCUUUGAGGUGAAUGAGCGGACACAGUUAUGUGAACCUGUCGUCUACGCGUCCGUCGUGAACAUCGUAGCAUGUGUGUUCUACGUGCUCAUCUUCGUGGCGGCCCUUCCCGGGAACCUCAUCGUUGGGCUGGUGAUCGGCUCGAAGAGGCGGGUCCUCUCUCCGUCGGACGUCUACCUGUUCCACCUGAUGGUGGCCGACAUCCUGCUGGCCCUGUGCCUGCCCUUCUACGCCACGUCAGUGGUGCGGGGCUGGCAGUUCGGUGACGCGGCGUGCAAGCUGAUCAGCAUGGUAAAGGAGGUGAGCUUCUACAGCAGCAUCCUGUUCCUGGUGUGCAUCAGCGUGGACCGCUACCAGGUCAUCGUGCGCGCCAUGGAGGUCCGCAAGGGGACGUGGCGCUGGGGCAGAUGCCUCGUCUGCCUGAGCGUCUGGGCGCUGGGCCUGGUGCUUUCCCUCCCCGCCCUCUACAACGAGGCCUUUUCGCCGGCGUCCGGCGACACGACGUGCGCCGAGCACUACGACCCGGAGAGCGCCGACGAGUGGCGCCUGGCCACGCGCGUCCUGCGCCACCUGCUGGGCUUCCUGCUGCCGCUGGCCGCCAUGCUGGGCUGCUACGGCGUGACGGUGGCGCGGCUGAUGCGCACGCAGGGCUUCCGGCGCCAGCGGGCCAUGCGCGUCAUCGUGGCGGUGGUGGGCGCCUUCCUGCUCUGCUGGAGCCCCUACCACGUGGCCCUGAUGGCCGACACGCUGCUGCGCACCAAGGCGCUGGCGCACGGAUGCCGCGCGCGCACCGCCGUCGACGUGGCCAUGUUCGCCACGCAGAGCCUGGGCCUGCUGCACUGCUGCAUCAACCCGGUGCUCUACGCCUUCGUGGGCCAGAAGUUCCGCAGCAACCUCGCGCAGCUGCUCUACAAGAGCGGUGUGCUGGAGAGGGCCUCGGUCAGUCGGGCCAGCAGAUCCACGUCCCAGACGUCAGACCACAACUCCACUGUCCUGUGAAGCUCCGUCCCAGCUCAGGGCUCAAGCAAACUGUAGUGAAGAGAUAAAUCAUUUCCCCCCCUUUUUAAGCUGUUUUGAACCCUUAAACCCUAUUCACCAAGAUUUAAGAAGAUUAGUUUCCUAAAACCUUACGCAACACUGCCAUCUAGUGGUAACUGUAAGCCCCUACAAACACAUCUCUGAAAACUGAAAGCAUUAGGAUUCACCAUUUUUCUUACUAAGGAUGUAAUGGCAAUCCAUGCUGCUCUGUGCACAUUGCCAUUGGAUAUUAUGAUGUAGUGUAGCAGUUUAGUAUGCAUUUUUUUAAAUGCAAGGUUGACACCUUUGAAAACAUUCAUUGAUUUGUAAGGUGUAGGCAAGACAGGGCCAUGUAAUACAAUAGGCAGUUUUUG